UUACUCGAUUACAUUAGUGUAACAAGAAAUGUUUUCUCCAGCAUUUCUUGUAAUUCUUUAAUUGUUUACUUUAUUUAACUAGGGAAAAAUAAGUUGAUUGUAUUUACAUAUUUUCACAGAUGGUAGUUUGACAGUUUUUGCCUUUUACCUGCAUCUUGAUCAUCAUUGUCUACUCAUCAAUAGGUUAGAUUUCUUCAUUUCCAAUGGAAAGUUCGAAUAAAAGGAGGAAGAAAAGCCGCUGGGGUGGUGAUGACAAGGUUAUUAUUCCAGGCUUACCUACGGUGUUACCCGUUAAUUUAUCUGUGGAACAAGAGCGAAUCUACCUACUUCAAUUGCAAAUAGAGGACUUGACUCGAAGACUAAGAACUGGAGACUUGGAGAUUCCAACCAAUCCAGAAGAGAGAUCACCAUCACCUGAGCCUAUUUAUAACAAUGAAGGUAAACGUCUUAAUACUCGUGAGUUUAGGACACGGAAAAAAUUGGAAGAUGAGAGACAUAACCUUAUUCAAGAAAUGGUCAAGAUAAAUCCUUCAUUCAAGCCUCCAUCUGAUUACAAGCCACCUCAGACCAAAAUCAGCGAAAAAGUUUUAAUUCCUCAAGAAGAAUAUCCAGAAAUUAAUUUUGUUGGACUUUUAAUCGGUCCCAGAGGAAAUACCUUGAAAGGGAUGGAGAAAGAUUCUGGAGCUAAGAUAAUAAUCCGUGGCAAGGGUUCUGUAAAAGAAGGAAAGAUCGGUCGAAAAGAUGGUCAACCUAUGCCCGGGGAGGAUGAACCGCUCCAUGCUUUUGUUACAGCCAGUACUCAUGAUUCGGUUAUGAAAGCUGUUCAAAAGAUAAAAGAUGUAAUUCGUCAAGGGAUUGAAGUUCCCGAAAACCAGAACGACUUACGUAAAAAUCAAUUGCGCGAGCUUGCAUUAUUAAAUGGUACGCUUAGAGAAACCGACGGUCCUAAAUGUUUUAAUUGUGGCUCAUCAGCUCAUCGUAGUUGGCAGUGUCCUGAUAAACCUAAUGUUACCAAUAAUGUUAUUUGUACCAAUUGUGGUGCCAAAGGGCAUAUUUCUAAAGAUUGUAAAGAAAAGAAAGCUCCGCAAAAUGCCAACUCUUCUAAAAUUGAUGAAGAGUAUUUGUCUUUAAUGGCCGAACUAGGAGAAGGUCCUCGUCCACCAAAAAUGAAUCAUUCUUCCGGUAGCAAUGGUGGAGGGAACACUAGUAGUUCAAGUCUAGGCGGAUCGGGUCCAAAUUUAGGUGGGUCUGGAGGUCCUCCAAGAGCAAUCAUGGCUGGUCCUGGAUCAAGAGAUUCUCACAGUUCAUCUCAUUCUCAAUCUCAACAUCUUGGUAAUCCCCAUCACUCUAAUAAUCAACAAAACGGUGCAUGGUCUAGGAAUGAUAAUCAAUCAGUGGCUCAAACGCCUUAUUGGCAAACAACCCAAACAGGCCAAGCAUCGACAGCAUACGGUUAUGGGUCUUCUACAGGUGUUUCUGUAGCUGGAGUAGCCCAAACCAGUGCUUAUCCGCACAAGCCCAAGCCAAUUCAAAUCCAUGGUUACAGCAAGGUUGGACUCAAGGUGUUGGUGUACCUGCAGCUCCAUCUCCUCCACCACCUCCACCUCCACCGUCUAGUGGUCAGAGAUCAACAACUCCUUCUGCUGUCAACACUCCAUGGAUAGGAUAUAUGAACAUUGCCGGAGUAUCACCAUUCGGAGCAAAUACACCACCUCCACCACCACCUCCUCCUCCUCCUAGUGCCCCUAGUGUCCCCGCGAUCCCUGCCAGUCUUUAUGUAGCAGCAGCACCACCACCUCCUCCUCCUCCUCCUCCUCCACCUCCACCGCCCAGUUAAUAAUUUAUAUUAACAUCUAAUUCUACUUUUUCAAUUUGUGAUCUUUUGAUCAACUAAUUCAUUUGAUUAAACUUCUUGGUUUGUUUUACUACUAAGCAAGUUUUCAAGUGAAUAGUCAAUUGUGUAUUAUUUUCUUUCUCUAAUGACAAUUCCAAGAUCCUUUCAUCUAUGUCUCUCUUUCAUUUUCUCAUUUAAAUCUGCUAGUUGUUGUAUA